AUGGCUUCAUUCCCACUGAUGUAUUUUCUCAUCAUUCUGGUGUUUCAAACAAUACUUUCUGAAGGAAGGGCACUGAAACGGACUGAGAAAGAACCCGAUAUAUCGGCUGAUCUGAAGGAUGACUUCAAAAUACCUCUCUGCCAAAUUUUAGGAAAUAAAUUAGCUGUUAGUUGGUUUUUACGUGGUUCCGACCAAGACCAAGUAUUGUUUCAAGGAUUCCUAAUUCUUUUUGAACCAUGUUGA